AUGUCUCUCCGUUCCGCAACUCGUGCCCUGCAGCGCACCUGCUUGCGCCAAUCUUCAGUCGCCCAGCCCUGCCGCCAACAACUCCGUCACUUCUCGUCGCGACCCUCUUCGGCCUUCUCGCCUCUCCUCCGCACUCAGUCACACUUUGUUCCAGCCUUUCAAUCACAACAGCGACGAUGCGAAUCCACAGCCAGGCCGCUGACCGACCGCCCCGAUCAUUUACCCAAGGCUGAGCCCCGCGAGGAGGUGCCCUCGUAUGAGAUGACCUUCACUUGCAAGGCAUGCUCGACUCGCUCUUCGCACCGCAUGUCCAAGCAGGGCUACCAUCACGGCACCAUCUUGAUCACAUGUCCCGGCUGCAAGAACAGACAUCUGAUUGCCGACCACUUGAAGGUGUGUGAUCCACGUCUCAAUUAUCUGAUGCGACAACUGCUGACUUGUCUCAGANUCUUCUCCGACAAGCGAAUCACUUUGGAAGACAUCCUCGCACAAAAGGGCCAGUUGCUGAAGAAGGGUGCUUUGGACUCUGAGAGCGACAUGGAGUUCUGGGAUGACGGUACUCAGACUGAACGUACCAAGAAGCCUUGA